CACACUCUGUUGACAUCAUGAAUAUUCAUCAAAGGCAUGCUAUAUAUCAAAAAUCAAAGGAUUUUCUGCUAAAUUUCAGAUACUCAUUCACAAUUUUACUUUUGCAAAAUGUUAUUUCAAUAAGUACAAAGCAUUUGCAUGGAUGAAAGCUAAGAUGAAGGCUGAAAAACUUCAAAGGCAUACAUUUGUUUUUCAAAACAAAUUCCUGCAGAAUCGAAUUUUGUUUACAUUCAGUAGGGGCAGCUUACACAGGUGCACCAAUUGACUAAAAGUACAUAUAUGAGACUCAGAUCAGGAUUCAUUUCUUUGAACCGCAACCAUGAGAAGAAGAUUCAAUGUGAAUGAAGCCCUGGAGGUGUUUCAGCAGCUUGAGGAAGAGGGAGAGUCAGCCUCAUCCUCAUCCUCAUCCACGGAUGACAGCUCUUGUUCGGAUGAAGAGGCUGAAGAUCAGGCCUUUACCCCAGGGCCUGAUUCAGGGGAAGAAAUGGAAGAAGGUUCAGAUGAGGAGGUGGUUGCUGCAGAGGAGAGAUGGGACCAUCCUUUGUGGCAAUCAAAGAGCGGGAUCGCCUGGUCCCCGACACCCGACACCAGGAUCCCCUUUCGGGCUCCAGACGUCCGCCAUUGUGGGAUCACCCGCCUCGCUGUCAGCUACAUCCAAACUAUUGAGGACAGCUUCGAUUUUUUUUUAACUACAACAAUCCUAGAUGUAAUAAUAAAAUACACCAAUAUAGAGGGAAGAAGAAAAUAUGACGAUUGGACAGACGUUGACCGCGUGGAACUCCGGGCAUUGUUUGGGUUGCUCAUCCUCGCUGGUGUGCACCGUUCCCGUGGGGAAUCAUCUGCCAGCCUCUGGGGGGAGGAAACGGGGAGGCCGAUAUUCAGAGCCACGAUGAGUUUGGGAAGGUUCCACAUGCUGACUGCAACAUUGCGCUUUGAUGACCGCUUGACCAGGGCAGCCCGCCGGUUGGUGCAGCAGGACAAGCUCGCUCCCCUGCGGGAAGUGUGGGACCUCUGGGCGGCCCGGCUCCCUCUCGCCUACAACCCCGGUGAAGAUGUCUGCGUUGAUGAACAGCUCGUCGGAUUCAGAGGUCGCUGCAACUUCAAGCAGUGCAUGCCCUCAAAACCGGCAAAAUAUGGCAUCAAGCUGUGGGUGGUGUGCGAUGUGGCCACUUCUUAUGCCUGGGGGAUUAUUCCCUAUCUGUGCAAGACGACUCGAGACGCCCCGGCAGAAAGGGGGCAAGGGAAGCGGGUGGUGCUGGAACUCACGGAGGGUCUGAGCGGCCGCACUGUCACCACGGACAAUUUUUUCACCUCGCUGGUUCUUGGAGAGGAGCUGCUAAAAAAAAAAAUCUGUCUUGUGGGAACAGUUAGGCGCAACAAGCCAGAGUUGCCCCCACAGCUGCUCCAGAUGAAAAGCAGAGCGGUUCUGUCCUCCCUGUUCGGCUUCACCUCCACCGCCACCGCGGUGAGCUACAUUCCAAAGCGCCGGCGGAACGUUCUGCUCCUCAGCACCAAACACCAUCAGGUUCAGAUCCAGGAGGGACCGCAGCAGAAGCCGACCGUAAUCAUCGAUUACAACCGCUGCAAAGGGGCAGUUGACAACUUGGACAAGCUCGUUGCAACAUACAGCUGCCGCCGCAAGACCAGACGUUGGCCCAUGUCGCUCUUCUGCAACAUGUUAGAUGUGAGCGCCUACAAUGCCCUGGUCCUGUGGCUGUCUGUGGAACCGGCCUGGAACCAACAGAAGUGGAGCAUCCGUCGAAGGCUGUUCUUGCAGGAGCUUGGGACCUCCAUGGUGAGACCAGCCCAGGCGAGGCGCACUCGCUUGCCGCGGUCCAGCAGCGCUGCAGCUCUGUUGGAGGUGCAGCAGCAAGUGGAGCCAGGUCCAGCCCAGGAGCAGACAAAGAAAAGAUGCCACCUUUGCAGAGGGAAGAGGAGCGUGCAUGCACGCUUUUGCCAUGCAUGUGGACAGGCUGUGUGCAAGGAGCACUCAACAGUUGUGUGCUCAGCCUGCAGCUGUUAGCUCACUCCCCUCUGUGUUUCUCUCUCUUUCUCUCUCUCUCUCUCUCUCUCUCUCUCUCUCUCUCACACACACACACACACACACACACACACACACACACACACACACACACACACACACACACACACACACACACACACACACACACACACACACACUUUUUCUUUGUUCGUGUGCUUUAAUAAAGUGUUCAACUGGUCAUCUUUGUAAGUGCAUUUUUUUGUGCUCUAAUGACUUUAACGUGAGUAUUUUAGAAAAUAUGACAUUACACAAAAACUACAAAGUGAGCAAAAAAUAUUUUUAUGCCUAUUUGUGACACUCCAAGGCUGUGACAACUUACCCACAAAAAAGGUCAUCUGGACAUAACACACAAAAAAUGAUUUGAUUUUUUCAUUUUUUGUACAGUUUUCAAACUUUGGGUUUUGCUAAUAAACCUAGCAAUGAAGGGGUUAAAUCUGAGAAACACACACAUAUUUUAUUAUAUUUUGUUAGGGCUGAAGCCAAGGAUGAAAUUCAUGUAAAAAAAUUGGGACUUAUGAAAUAUUAUAUAAUAUUUCUAUGGGAAGCUUUCUAAGUGCAUUUUUUUGUGCUCUAAUGACUUUAACGUGAGUAUUUUAGAAAAUAUGACAUUACACAAAAACUACAAAGUGAACAAAAAUAUUUUUAUGCCUAUUUG